AUGGUCCGCAUCGCCAAGGCUCUGGGUUUGGUCAUUCUGUGCGUCGCCGUGCUCAUACUGUCGCUCAUCAGCUAUGUGUCCCUGAGAAAAGACAGCCUCUUCACCUCCUCAAAAUAUUACAUGGGAGGCCCGAGAAUUAUGUUCCAUGCAGGAUUUCGGUCUCAGUUUGCCAUGAAUUUCCUGGACCCCUCCUUUAUCCCCUUAACUAAUGCGCUGAAUGAGGAGCUCCAAGGAAAACCGUCCAAAUGGAAGUUCAACAAGACUGCUUUUUAUCAGCAGAGGAAAGACAUCUUCAGCUUCAUCGACAUUCCCAACAACUUCUCCCUCACAAAGAACAGCGUGCGUGUCGGCCAGCUGAUGCACUUUGACUACUCCAGCCACAAGUACGUCUUCUCCAUCAGCAACAACUUCAAAUCCCUGCUCCCAGACACUUCUCCAAUCCACAACAAGCAUUACAGCAUAUGCUCUGUGGUGGGCAACAGCGGCAUCCUGACGGGCAGCCACUGCGGACCAGAGAUCGACCAGGCCGACUUCGUCUUCCGCUGCAACUUCGCCCCCACAGAGGUCUACUCUAAGGACGUGGGCAGGAAGACCAACCUGACCACCUUUAACCCCAGCAUCCUGGAGAGGUACUACAAUAACCUGCUGACCAUUCAAGACAGGAAUAAUUUCUUCCUCAACCUGAAGAAGUUGGAGGGAGCCAUCCUGUGGAUCCCCGCCUUCUUCCUUCAUACGUCAGCCACAGUAACCAGGACCCUGGUGGACUUCUUUGUGGAGCACAAGGGCCAACUGAAGGUUGAGUUGGCCUGGCCAGGAAACAUCAUGCACGAUGUCAACAAAUACUGGAAGACUAAAAAUCUCUCCCCCAAACGCCUCAGCACUGGAAUCCUCAUGUACACGCUGGCCUCCGCCAUGUGCGACGAGAUCCACCUUUACGGCUUCUGGCCCUUUGGCUGGGACCCCAAUACGGGCAAGGACCUGCCUUACCACUACUACGACAAGAAAGGGACCAAGUUCACCACCAAGUGGCAGGAGACCCACCAGCUACCCAGCGAGUUCAAGCUGCUCUAUAAGCUGCACAGGGAAGGCGUGAUUAAACUCAGCCUGACGCACUGCACUUAG